UAAUUACUGCACCACUGCAGUAUUUGUUGCAGUGCAAUUCUGUACAUUCCGACAUUCGUGUAGCUUCGUAGUGCUCUCGCAUAACCUUCCUCGUUUGCAGUGCAAUCGCAAUGUGUCUAUAAAGAACAAACAUUUUUCCUAGCGAGGCUAAAAUACCAGAGGCGUCAAUGGGGUCAAAAGUUUGGAUAUGGAAAAAUAUGCCGGGUAUUCCGGGUCGGUGCAACGAUGUACUUUAUAUGCGAUCGAAGUUACUACCAACGCCCAAUUUUCUUGUAUUUUUUGGCGGCGAUGUCCAGGAUACACGAGAAAAUAUGGAGAAACAUUCAGAUAGUAAGGAAUAUGUAAAGUGGUGCUUGGAGAAUACUGCAACUAUGCUUUCUGACCAAUUUCCCAAUAGUCAUAUAUUUGUUAUUCGUCCAGUCAGAAUGUCAAUGACUAGAAAUGCAGUAUUCAGUUGUUUUGAUAAUUUUGUACCUGGGGAUAAAUAUGGUACACCUUUAUUUUGUCCAACACAUAAAGCUUUAAAACAUUUAAGAGAACUACUUUUGUGUUGCUUAGAACAUGUCAAAACAUUGAGAAUGGGGGAGGAUAUUGACUACAAUAUUGAGAUGAUAAAUUUAAGUUUAAUGGGCUUCAGUAAAGGCUGUGGAGUUCUAAAUCAAUUUCUUUAUGAAUUUCACUAUUAUCAAGAACAUUCAAAUAAGGAUGCAGACAUAAAUAGUCUCAUAAAACUCAUAAAAGAUAUGUGGUGGCUGGAUGCUGGACACAAUGGUCCUAAAAAUACAUGGAUUACAGAGCAAACUAUACUCCGGUCCUUCGCUAAAUUGAAAAUAAACACACACAUACACGUCACACCGUAUCAAGUGCGAGACACUCAUCGUCCUUGGAUUCGCGAGGAAGAAAAUUGCUUCACUGAGAAUUUGCGACGUAUGGGUGUGCUUGUACAACGAAUCCUACAUUUCGGGGAUAAAGCACGAAGUUUAUCAUCGCACUUCAAUGUUCUUACUUGUGUCGGAAGUAAUGUAAGAUAAAAAGCUCUUUUUUUCUUGACUGUUGAAAUUUAUCAAUUAAGUAUUAUCUACAGACUGUAUAGAAUUAAUAGAAUUAAUAGAGUAACAAAUCCA